GGGGGAUGAUGUUUGUCUAGACAGGGGAUCUUGAACUCCGAGAUCGUUCGAUUCGUUCAAGACGGACUCGUGAUAUCUUGUGACCUUUUCUGGCUCCAGCGCUUCUCGAAACUACUUGGACUGCCAUUUCGUUUUGCCUGUGCUCCGUCAAGAUGGAGUGGUUCUGGGCCUGUUCUGUGGUCGUCUCCGGCCUAGCUUUGCUUCUCUGUAGCCUUUGCAUUUUGGGUCCUUUUUGGAUAUGGCUGAAAGUGAUGUUGGAAGAUUGGCACAAACCAGCAGCAUACACGCUCUGUGCUGGUGGUGGGAUGCCUCGGUCCUCUGACGAAUCACCAGAAGAAGUCGAAGGCUUGCUCCUCACAUGCAAUUUGUCUGGCAAUGAAGAGGAAGAUCACGUCCUUCCUGCACCAUGGGUUAUUGUUGAGGAGGACAAGGAUCCAGAACAUCAGGAACAGGUGACAAGAGAGCAACAGGAACACCUCAGAGAGCUCAUCCGUCAGCGCAUGAAAUGGGAGGGCCGCCAAAUGGUGGUGCUUCCCUUGGUGCCUUUGAUCGCGGCGCCAUGGACCACCUGCACAGGUGGCAUCCCCACCUGGGCGUAUGCCCUUUACGUGCCUUUCCUCUUGAAGGGCAAAAUAUUAGAAGCAAUGCUGAUGCGGAGAUUGAAAUUCACAGGGUUCACAGAGUCAUUGACUUUAUUCUGGCCUUGUCCAUCAAAAGCAUUUAGCGAUGUGUUUCUAGGCUUCUGGCUUUGGGGCCCUUUGGAGCACCUCGAUAUCUUCACCGAUGGGGCCAUGCCCUGGCAGGCCGCGGCCUGCGACCCCGAGGCGACCAACCACUUCGUCGCCGCCUUUGAAGGUGCCGGGCCCUCCCAGCUCUUUCAGCCGCUGGCGCAGUGGCUGGGCCUGUCAGGCCUCUUGGCCUUGACUUUCCUUUUCGCCACGGCCCUCCAGCAGGUGGGCUUCAUCGCGCCGACACACCCGGACAGGGGCCGCAGCCCUCGCGGCGGACGUGGCGGGCCUCCACGGCCUGGCCACCUACUUCGACGAGCGCGCCGGGAGCGGAAAGGCGUUCAUAGUCGUUUUGAUCAAAGUGCUGGCAGAAAAUCUGCCGCAGCUCUUUUUACAAACGGCCUUUUUAAGCGCCGCCUUCGCCCGUUUCGACGGGUGGGGGCGGCUCAAGAUCAUGGUCUCUUUGGGCUUGGGACUGAUCAGCGCCACGCUCAAACUAUCUCAGAUGGCCAUGGCAUGGAUCUCGAUCAUGUGGCGAGAACCGGAGACGCGAGGACGAGGCUUGUUCUACCUUUUGGUCUUUGCACUGCCAGGAUUGCUCAUGGUGGCAUGGGUGGUGGCCCGCAUCAUCAUGGCCCACCAAUGCCCCAGCCACCAGUGGAACCUGGCCACUGGGUGUGUUUGAGAAGGCAUCAAGACGGAAGAAAAAGAGCCGCACCGACGAACCGUUGAUUGGGACAUGAAGCAAAACCAAGUUGGUCACGCCCCACCUGAAGACAGGACCAUCCGAAACCCAUC